GGACUCCCAUGGCACGCGGUUCGUGACAAAAUCAACAUUUACAAUUUGGCGACGGAGUAGCUAAAGCUCCAAGCAGCAAAGGUAGUUGAAGAGUUCCGCAGCGUGAGCGAUUUCUCUCAUGGCUUCUAAUUCUUCAAAACAUCCGAUGCUCCCAAUAUCUACUGCUCCGAUGGAGGAGAAAGAGAAACUCAUUAAAGCCGAUGAGAAACUAUUCAAAGGAUCCGCCAUGACCAAAAGAGGAGCGUACGCUGCCAUCUCCUAUAUGUCAUGUGCAGUGCUUUUGGUUAUGUUCAACAAGGCGGCUCUUACUUCUUAUAACUUCCCCUCCGCAAAUGUUAUAACACUCUUUCAGAUGAUAUGCUCAUGUGCUUUCCUUUAUACACUGAGACGCUGGAAGCUUAUUACCUUCACGGCGGGUGAAUCUUUGGUUGGGUCUGAUGGUACUUUUGUGCCAUUGAAGACAUUGAUGCACACUCUUCCCCUAUCAGCAGCCUAUUUGCUUUACAUGCUAGCCACCAUGGAGUCUGUUCGUGGAGUUAAUGUUCCCAUGUACACCACUCUUAGGCGGACGACCGUGGUGUUUACGAUGAUUAUGGAGUACUUUCUUACUGGGCAGAAGUAUACACCACCUGUCAUUGGGAGUGUUGGAUUGAUUGUCGUUGGUGCAUUUAUUGCGGGAGCUCGAGAUCUGUCAUUCGACUUCUAUGGGUAUGCUGUUGUUCUCAUAGCCAACCUCACCACAGCGGUAUAUCUUGCAACCAUAGCCCGUAUUGGAAAAUCCAGUGGUCUUAAUAGCUUUGGCCUUAUGUGGUGCAACGGAGUUUUAUGCGGACCGGUUUUGCUAAUUUGGAUAUUUAUUCGCGGUGACGUGGAGAUGGCUAUAAAUUUCCCUCAUCUGUUUUCACCCGGUUUCUUGGUUGUGAUGCUUCUUUCUUGUAUACUGGCCUUUUUCCUGAAUUAUAGUAUAUUCCUCAACACAACUCUCAAUUCAGCACUCACGCAGACCAUUUGUGGCAACCUGAAGGAUCUUUUUACCAUUGGACUUGGUUGGAUGCUUUUCGGGGGGCUUCCAUUUGAUAGUUUGAAUGUUGCUGGACAGUUUCUUGGUUUUCUUGGCUCUGGUUUAUACGCCUACUAUAAGGUCAUGGGGAAGUAAAUGUCAAAGCUAUACAUUAGUGGGGAAGUUAACUAUAUAAUAUUGACUGUUGGAAGAUGAGCGUGGACAUCAAGGACAAGUUUCUUUUGUCCAUGAGAAGAGGUUUUUGACAUAGAUGGGAAAAUCAGGGCUUGCUUCUCCCACUCACCCAAAAGUUCUCUCUAGAGUCCAGUCGCUGCCAUUUUAACUGACAAUGUCCUCUUUUUUUUUCUCUCUUCAGCUGCCUCUGUAUUCAUUCUUAAUGACAUAUACAACUAUAGUGAAAUUUUUACAGUGGUGAUAAUUGGCGUACUGAUAUUGUAUAAUUAUUCCCCAACUAGCUCAAAAAUUUUAGGCAGGCUGUUGUAAAAUUUGCUGUAUAUCCCACAUCCUACUUGUC